AUGUGGACCGAUGCCGUCGUCAUUUCAGACGACGAUAGCCCGCCUCCGGCACAGGUGCAGCCACGGUCGCUCCUGGACAUCAUACCGAAUCGCGCGCAGCUUGAAAAAGAGCGACUUGCGCGCGUCGAGCAGCGCAACGCAACGUACCAUGGCCCGAGCGCGUCCAAUGCGCACCAGACGCCGAGCGAUACCAAGAAGCGCGCGCGGUCCGCUUCGCCACCCAUGCGCAGUGUGCGUGCAUUUGUGGAAGAUGCACGCUACACGCCGAUCCAGGGGAGCGAUCGAUUCUGGCACGGGGCCAUCAAGGCGACGUACAAUCGGUAUGCGCACUCUUCGCAGCCCGGCACGCGACUAUCGCAGCUGCUGCUUCCCAGCACAGCGUCGAGGCCCAGCGAGCUGGAGCGCGUGCUGCUGACCUCUUACGAUGUAGAGAUCGACUGGCUUCUUGACAUUUUUCCGCGCACGGUCCCUGUCACCUACAUUGGCAACCCACCGCGCGGCGCUUCUGCCAACGACUCCAGCACUCUUAGCCCUGGCUUUUACGGCGCGGAUCGCGCACCGAACUGGGAGAUGGGCAUCCCGGUGAAGCCGCAUGCUCGUGCGCUUCAACACAGCAAGCUGCUGCUGCUCUUUUACAAGUCGUACCUCCGCGUCGUCAUUUCUACCGGCAACCUCACACAGCUCGACUGGUCGCGCUACGAGAAUGUAUUUUAUAUUCAAGACUUUCCCACGCCCGACCACGCACCCAGCCUUGCGCCCCCCGGUCCCAAAGCGUCGGGCGGUGCAUUCCGUACCGAGCUGGAGCACGUCCUGGCGUCGCUCAGCGUGCCAGCACAUCAUCCAGCGCGCCGCACACUUGCGCACUACUCAUUUGCCUGUGCCGCGGCGCAUAUUGUAGCUACCCAGCCGCUCUCGCCAGUGCUGCAGGGAUGGGAUGAUAUGGAACGCGUGGGCCUAGCGCGACUAUCGCAUGUCGUGCGCAUGCUUAUGCCGCCAUUGGAUACAGCCACGCUGGAAGCACAAGGGUCGUCGCUCGGCAUCUACGACCGCCGCUGGCUCGAGCAGUUUUACAUGGUCGCAUCUGGGAUAAAUCCCAAGCAUGUGCUGCCGCUGGACAAGAGCAGCGGCCCCUCGCCUGCAUUUGUGCAGCGCUUCGGCGAUCGGCCAUGGCCGCCCAUGCAGAUUUUAUUCCCUACGCAGUCCUAUGUACAGCACACUUCCGUCGAGGGCGCCAGUGGUGGGGGGUGCUUUUUUGCGAAGCCACACGAGUACGUGAAGCGUGCAUGGCGUCCCAUCUUUGCCCAGCCAGUCUCGCAGCGCGGCGAUAUACUCAUGCAUGCCAAGUGUAUCCUUGCCAUCUCGGAAAACAACGACGGUUGGGUUUACGUAGGCAGUGCCAACUUUACACGCGCGGCGUGGGGCACGAUUGCAGGCACGCGGGCGAAACCGACGCUCUCUGCAAACAACUGGGAGCUCGGCGUGGUUUUGCCACUCUGUGAUUCAGGUAUCAAAGGCACACCAAUGGACGCUGUGCCGUACCGUAGGCCAGUGCAGCCGUACACCGCGGCCGACAAGCCAUGGGACGUACAGACGCUGAGCAGUAGUGUGGAGUAG